CUCGCUCGCUCGCUCGCUCGCUCUCUCAGCGCCUCAGAAUGUGGCUCUGGCAGCUUGGCGGCGCCAACGGGAAGCAGCCCCGGGCGGGACCGCGGCCCCUUCUCCUUCCCCCGCCUUCCCUGAAGCCGAGAGGCGGCUGAGGAGGAGGAGGAGGAGGAGGAAGCGGCGGGGAGGAGGAGGAGAGGAGGGGGAGGCGCGCGGGCCUGGCCCAGCGGUGGGGAUGUGCGGCCUGAGCGAGGGGCCUGAGCCUGAGCCGAGCGCGGGAAGAUGGCGGCGCCGGCCAAGCCCUCGGCCCCAGCGCCGGCUUCCACAUCCGCGAGCGGCGGAGGCGGCGGCAGCAGCAGCAGCAGUGGCGCGGCGGUACCACCAAGCCGAGGCCGGAGCCGGAGCCGGAGCCGGACGGGACGCGUGAGGCGGCGCUGCCAGUGGCUGGUCUCCUGGGUGCCCGUCAUCUUCAUCGCCAGCAUCCUGGCUUGGUCCUACUACGCCUACGUCGCCCAGCUCUGCAUCCUAACCAUGACAAAUAUUGGAGAAAAGGUGAUGUGCCUGAUAACAUACCAUAUAUUUAUCGUGAUGUUUUUGUGGUCUUACUGGAAAACAAUCUUUACGUUACCAAUGAAUCCUUCCAAAGAAUUCCACCUGACCUAUGCACAGAAAGAGUUCUUAAACAAAGAACCUAGAAGUGAAAUCCACCAAGAAAUUCUGAGAAGAGCAGCCAAGGACCUUCCCAUCUAUACUCGAACAAUGUCUGGAGCAAUCAGAUACUGUGACAGAUGUCAACUUGUAAAACCAGACCGUUGUCAUCAUUGUUCUGUCUGUGAUAAGUGCAUUUUGAAAAUGGACCAUCAUUGCCCUUGGGUGAACAAUUGUGUUGGGUUUUCCAAUUACAAGUUUUUCCUUCUUUUUCUGGCAUACUCUCUGCUAUACUGCCUUUUCAUUGCUGCAACUGAUUUACAUUAUUUUAUCCGAUUCUGGACAAAUGGCCUUCCGGAUACACAAGCCAAGUUCCAUAUCAUGUUUUUAUUCUUUGCUGCAGCCAUGUUUUCUGUCAGCUUGUCUUCUCUCUUUGGCUAUCACUGUUGGCUAGUCAGCAAAAACAAAUCAACAUUAGAGGCAUUCCGAGCGCCUAUUUUUCGACAUGGAAUAGACAAGAAUGCCUUUAGCUUGGGUUUCACCAAAAAUCUAAGACAAGUCUUUGGAGAUGAGAAAAAGCUUUGGUUGUUGCCUGUUUUUUCUAGCCAAGGAGAUGGGUGUUCCUUUCCAACCUGUCUUGUUAACCAAGAUCCAGAACAAGCUGUAUCUCCACCAGGACGUAGUAAUCUAAACAAAAAUGAGAAUAAUCCUCAUUUUCCUUCUAAACCAUUGCGAGAUUCCCAAAGCCACCUUCUUACUGAUAGCCAGUCUUGGACAGAAACCGGUGCAAAUGCUGAAAAGAACAAACUUGGUACAAGCAAUCCUGCACUAACAAUAGAAAAUGAAACUUAGUCUUGCAAGUAAAAACAAGAAAUCCUGGAUUUUCCAAUUCAGAAUUGUUGAUGAGAGGACGAAGGAUUCCUCCAUAACAUCAGCAUCCAUCCAACAGCUGUUCCCAUCCACUGUUGAGUGGAUCUGCUGCGAAGAUAAAUUCAAGACCUAAUGUCGCUGUGUCCGUAUCAUCGCUUGAAAUAUAAGAUGUGUUGCCAUCUCUACUGUGUAUCAAAGAAUGUUUUGGUCAAUGCAAAAUAAUGUUAAAAUCCAAAAAUGGGGAAGGCUUGAAAAUUGCAUGUCAGGAAAGCAGGAUGUCUUUAAGACAUACAGGACAAUAAUCUUUUGCAAACAAGGACAGGUUUUGUAUUGCUGUUGAUAGCUCAGGUGACUGUAAACAUUUUACAUAAAACCUGAAAAUGCUCUUGUGACCGUUCUUGAAUCUUUAAAUCAUAUCUAUGAUUUCUGCUUGCAAAUGACUUGUCUCCCUAGGAAUAUAUUCCCAAUUUUGGUUACUUGACUGGGAAGCCUGCUGGUAGUUCAGGCAUAAUGAUUGAACUACAUUCUUCUUCCUGUCUUCAGUUGAGUUAACAAUGCAGUUUUAUGCAAUUGCAGAUAGGUCAUCUUUUCCUCAGACCCUUUAUAAGCAAAUCACUUAUUUACUGCUAAGCUAUCAUUUAUCUUUAAUUCGUAAUAGAGAGGCAGUACAAAAUUUCACACUUAAUUUAUGUGCCUGGGACAUGCAUUUAAACAUGCUCAGGAAUUAUUUUUUUGUGAAACUGUAAAUAUAAGAUACAGCUCACUAUUUGGUUUUCAACCUUAAUAGAAACAUGGUUAAUAAUAUCAGAUUUUAAGAGCUUAACCUAUGUUCAUACCUGUAAGUGGCUGUUUAAAUUACACUAUGCGUUUUUCCAUUUGGAUUUAACAUUCCUGAAUGGCUGCAUUCCUCAUCGUUUUUCUCCUGACGAUGUAUAUACGAGGCCAUGUUGCACUCAUGCUUUUACACUACAGUCUGUAUUAAAUGAACAGCCAAGUGGGCUUUGCCGAGGCACAUCAUGAAUGAAACUAACAGUCCUCUAAGAUUUGGGGAUAGGGUUGUUUUUUUGUAGGAUCAUUUUUUAAAAAAGCAGCUUUAAGAUUUCAGAAAAUGUCUGAAGCCAAGGAAAUUGCAGUUUCACAAAUACGCUUUUAUCAGUGCCUUUGCAUACACACAUCCAGUGAAAUUGUAUACAUUUAAUGUGUUACAUAAGACAUUGCUGUUUACAUGAAAUCAGUGAUCCUAUUUAACUCUGAAAUAGUAUAUGGCAAGUGAUUAAUACCUAAGAAACUAACUGAGGAAAUUGUGAAACUCAUUCAGUGUCACAGCUGAAGAAGAGAAACUGCCGCUUUCAAAAUCAAUACGGAUUUUUGUAAUAGGCACGGGACAAGGCAGAUUUGUCUCCUUGGCUGUAAUGUUUCAGAAAACCAUUAUUUACUCUUUGUAGCCAAGUAAAUAGAAUCUGAUUUAUUUCAGAAUUAUUCUUCGGGGCGAUAGGGUUCUUUUAAAAUGAGAUGGUAUGAUAUCUCUCUAAUGAUAUGUGUGUGACCUUGAAAGACUUGUGUCCCCUAACAUUUUCAUCCCCAUGAAAAACCUUUGCAGGCUCAAUCACCAAAAGUGCCAGAAUAGGACUCUCAAGAGUUGGAAUAUCUGAGAACAAAACAGGGUGUGCUAUAGCAGUGUUUACACAGCAUACAUUAUGCAUUUUGCUGUCAUUCGUAUCCAUAGCAUCGUCUUCUCACUCAUUCAUUUUUGUGUUUGGAUUUGGAUGUAGUCACAAUAGGAAACUCCACAGCCAAGUUAAAGUAAUAUACUGUGAUGCAUUUCCAGUUGUGCAGAGCUGUAUUUAAUAGUUACUAGAACUCAUCCUUUAAAAGGGUCCAAGAUGAUGGAAGAAUUGGGAAUUCCUUGUUUCAUAAAUACGUUUCAUUAAAAUUCAGCUAACGGAGAACUGUAUAAAUAUUGCAUUCAGCACUGCUUCAUAUAAAAGGAGGCUGACAGCAUUUUGCCAUCUGUAUUUUCUAAGAAAGCAGAUUUCAUAGAUAGACAAUAUUCAUACAAAAUAUAGCCCUGUAGUGGAGAUGGCUCAUUAUGUUGUGAUGCACUUUUCCCAAGGUAUUACUUGUCAGAAUGAGAAGAUAGUGAAUGUAGCCUAGCAACAGGAACGGCUCUCAUACAUUUCUGUUAUUGCCUGGAAGUCAAUUUCAUUGCCAUCUUUGAGCAGUGGAACGUCCAAUUACGUGUAGGCUACUGUGGAGUUAUGAAUUAAAGAAAUAGUCAUGACAGUAAGUAGGUGUGGUGGGGGUUCCCCUUCUGGGGCUUUAAAAAAUUACUAUAUAAUGUCUUACUGGUGCAGAAGCAGACAGCAAGUUUUCCCUGUAGUAGAUGAAAAAGAAAUACAUUCACUUACUGCAUCAACUUUGGCUGUACAAGGGCACUUUGGGAGACUACAUUUUGGAUUAACUGAACAGGAGGACAGUCAUCCCACUAAGGAAACCUUAAUUCUAUUCAAUCAGUCUCUUGGCUAAGUUUGGAUAUUGGGCAAAUGCAACAAGGAUAUGUUUUAGAUGAUGCAUUGUUGUAGGGGUUUUCCUUCCUAGGCAAGAGAAAAGAUCCAGUUUGCCACCUGCCGGUUUUGUAAGUACUUGUGCAUAUAUAUAUAUAAAGAUUACUGGCCUCUUCACCAGGAGCAUGUCUGAUGAGACACACGAAGGAUUGAACUCAGUGGAUCUCAGCAGGAUAGCAUUGUAGAAUAUCGAGUCUUUGUUUGAAACCAUUUAUUGAGAUUGGAGUAGUCCAGUUUUGCAGCCCUGUUCUGCGGUUCCCCCAAUACAACCAACCUCCAAAAGGUGCCUCUGUGCCUAUUCCUUAUUUGUGGAGGAAGAAAGGGAUAGGCAGUUCAGAGGAGGAAAGUUCAGAGGGGAAUAAAAGAAAGACCGCUUCCUUCCCCUUGGAAUACAGACCAAGAUGUAGGGAGAUUUCUACCAGGCCAUACCCAUGAUCUUCAAUUGCACUUGUGAAAGUAGUAACAAGUCUGUUGUCAAAAACAGUUGGCAUGAUUGGAUAUGUAACAGUGAUUCAACCUCAGAGUUAUUUAACCAUAGGUAAGCAGAUACUAUAAUACUAGCAUUAUCCCCUCAGUCUUGCAGUAAUUAAUGUGCCAGCAAAAAAAGUAGGAUGCAACAUCUGCUCAAGGUAUUAUUCCUUUCGGUUCAUUUGUAACUGCCAGGCUUGUAACUACCAGAUGGCCUUACAAUUCCUACAGAUUUUUUAAAAUUCGAAGACAGAUUAAUAAGCGGUUUCUCAAUAUUUUAGCAGUAUUAACGUCUCAACUUCCAAUAUUGAAAACAAAGCAAGCAUUAAUGCUGUAGGUACAUUCCUGCUGCCAUUCUAGGAAAAUCAUAGUCUUCUGAUUUUGUUUUCUUGUUAAGGAGGUGAAUAAAUCAGUAAUUUUCUAUAUUGGCACCCUUUCCCAACAGUUGUUUUCAUAUGCAUGUGCAGGAAAUUUCCACCUCUCCACCCAAAAUUGACUGGAACAGAAGGGAUAUUUCCAAGACACCCCAAACGGCUAGCCUGAUCCUUUGCAUUUUCAUUUAUGACAUGCUUUAGCCAAUUAAGACUCAAAUUGAGACACCAGCAAAUUUGUCAGACCAUAAAGGUAGACAAUGGAAAAUGGGGGAGUUAGUCCUUAUAAAUUUUUCUAUGACACUGGUGAAAAAACUAAGCCUUUAUGUUGAAAAAUUUCAGGGAUUUCAAUAAUUCCUCUAUAUUUAGGAGGAAAUAAAGCUGAGUAGUGAAAGCAGAAAUCUCAACUGCUGUAAUAAACCUAUUACUGGUAUGAUUUUUUUAAGAUUAAGAUUUUUGUGUAUCGUUCCAAAUACCUUUUGCUAUUUUCAUGGAAGGAACUCCUCUUUGAUUUUGUGGCAAUUUGAACUAGUUAAAAUGCAGUCUGAGGUAGGAAUGUGUUUUUUCCCCUAUCUCGGAGUUGUCAGAGUGCCAAAACUGCCAGUAUGGAAAGUUAGGAAUUGUUGAUUAAUAGACCUGAAUAGUAAUGUGGAGUGGAGUCAUGUGAUUCACACAAAAAUAUAAUAUAUAUUUUUAGGGUGUAGUUCUGAUGUUUUAAAAAAGAUCUUGCAAAGAUGACAGCAAGCCAUAAUAAUGUAUGACUUGAGAAGGAACCAGCACUGGAGAUCAAAUGUACACAGCUGAAAUUAUGCAUUAGGUAGGCAAAACAUUUAAAAGUGAGCAUCCUGAGAAGCACUAUAUGUGAAUGAGCUCAGGAUAAAAUCAUCUUACUUUGAAGGAACAGCAGUUUCCACUUUCAUAGCAAGUCUCAUUCGUUGGUGGGUGAAGGUGGAAGGAGGAAAGCGAAAUGCGGUUUGCUCCACAGCAGCUAGCGCAAGUUAUUUAAGUGGCUCUAUUAAUAAUGCUUUAUGUGAAUACUAGGUGCAUGUUUGUGUGUAGAAUGGCUUUUGAAGACCAAUAUUGUACUGAGUGAAUACUGCAAAUUAACCUUGUGGGAUACUCAGGAUAUUGUGAGUGGAGAAGCUUCCCUUCACACCUCCAAAGAAUCCGUUCUUGAGGACACAGAUGACAUUUUUGCACCGCUCCUCGUUUUGUUUGCUGCUCCUCUCCUUUGAUUUCUUCACUAACGGUGGCGGGAUCCCCGAACCAGAAUGAAGAGUCCUAGCUUCCAAAUAUUCUGCUCCAAAAUGGCUUUGCAUUGUCAUUCCUAUAAAGAAAAACAUUCCCAACACUUGCCUGAGUACGUGUAACAUCGUACAUAAUAGCUACAGUGUUUGCACAGAGUGGGAUGCUUCUUGCUUCGCUUUUCUUUUGUACUUUGUAAAGCGGUAUAUGUAUUUUUGUAUCACAUAACUUGCUGGAAAACAAAUUAAAACCUUUAAAACAAAUUA